AUGGCCGAGGUCUUGGCCGUUGCAGGCGGGAUAGCAGCUAUCUUCGAGCUCGCCAAGGCCGGGUGGCGCUUCGCUGAUACCUUAUCUCAAUUUGCUCGCCAUGCUGGAGCCGCCGGCUUUGAAGUGGAACGCUUCGCUAAUCAAGUCGAGGCCUUUUCAGAUGCGGUUGAGCUCGCCCAGCUUAUCUUGUCUCGACACCUCCACCGCAACCAAGAAUCAUCCGUGGUGACAUACAUAAGACGCCAAAAUAUUCUCGAUAUUAUCGGAACUGAGGCGAACAUUGUCCAGCGGCGUCUCCGAGCCACCCAGGACCAGGUGAUGGGCCUGGAGAGCCGCUCAGUGGUGCUGGCGAGCAUCAAGUGGCUUCUCAGACGAUCUUCAAUCAUGCAGCUCUCUCCCGAAAUGGAGAGUGUUAAAAGCACGCUGAGCCUACUCGUCGACAUCGCCCAGCUCGAAGACGUAAUGAAUUUGGCAGAUAGCGUUCUCAGCAACAAAGAUGAAGUUCGGUGGCUGCGGCGUCGGAUCCGGCGCCAUUUGAAGACAAUAGAGCGGCUGCGUGCUCAGCUGCCGAGUGAAUAUGGUCGCGAGGGUCUCGGGCUAUAUAGCUCUUUUUCACUUGAUCUGGAGAAGCCAGACCCGUUGCUGGAGCUGGGAAGGAGCAUGUACAAGCACGGUAGGGUUCCCGACUCCGUGCAGUCCUCAUCUUCGGGUUCCCAACGGACUCUCAAUUCUCCCCAAGGGCCGUCUAAUCGACCAGAUGGCACGAGGGGGCAGCAGCCAAGCCGCAGCAUGACGGUAACAAUCCCGACCUCGUCGUCUUCGCGCCCGGCGUCGGCCGUUAACCCCAUACCGGGUCCCGUCCGACCGCUUCGACGGGUCCCUCCGCGGCAGUCGCGAUUGUCGCCUAAUCGAUCCGCGGCGGCGGACCAACCUGCUGAGGCUCAACCAUCAGUCAAGACGCUGCGGUUCAGGGACGAGGAUGUGACUGGAAGCAUCGACGGGUACGUCGGGACAGAGCAGGGCUCGUUGCGCUAUACCACUGCGUUCUUGGCCCCGACGCUGGAAGCGAACAUUGUCUCGCUGGCGGAGGCCAGGCGGCUCGACUUGGACGUACGAGAGCCCGAGUCAAUGCUCGAGACGGUCUAUUUCGAUUUCGGGACCCGCCGCCCUGGGAAAAGCGUGGGGACGGCGACGCUCCAGUGGAACGCCGGCCCUCAGGCAGACGGACGGUUUCCGCCGCUCAGCAUCGUUUGCUACGUUUGUGAGAACGCCGCGGUUAAGCUGAUCCUUGGGCAGCCAUUCUUGGAGGAAAAAGCGCGGCGAUGGCGGAGAAGGGGAGGCGUGUCGCCCUAA